AUUCCAUUCUGGAACGCAGAGGAUUUCCCAACGUUCGGAAGGAACGCCGGCCGGCCAAUCAGAUUGCAGAAAGGGAAAGGGCUUUUGCGGUCUUGGGGUCUCGCGCUGCCCUGUCCCUCCUCGUUUUUUUUUUUCUCUCUCUCCCCCUCCACGUGCCUUUCACUUUGAUCUCGCCGCCGUCUCCCUGCUCGCUGCUUUUUUUCCCCCUUCUCUCUGUCCCUUUUUUUUGGUGAGCUCGUCCUCUUUCGCUUUCCUUUCUUCCGUGCCCAUCGAAAAAGGCCAAGCCCGCCUCCGGGAGCCAUGGCGGCUUGGGUGAGAGCGGGGAAGGAGAAAAACCACGCCGGCGAAGGAGAGGAAGAGGAGGAGGAGGAAGAAGAAGAGGAGGAAGAAGGAGAAGAAGAAGAGGCCGGAGCGGGAGGGCUUUGGGAGUACGAUUCCACUUGGGAAGAGGAGGAAGAGGAGGAGGAAGGGAGGAAGGAGAAGAAGACCCGGGAACGGGCGUCUCAAGCCGCCAACCUGGAAGAAGGCAAAGUCCGGGAAAAGCACGGCUGGUGGGCCUCCGCUAGCCAGGAAUGGCGAAAACCAGGACUUUCAACAGGAGGAGUUAAGAAAUUUUGGGCUCAGUUGUGGUCGUACGUCGAGGAUUACCUUUACGGGUGGAUUUACCACGUGCCUGAAUUUUGCUCAGAUGACCAUGGAAAUGCUACAGCAGUCAUAAGUGCUGUUUCCUUUGCGUGAACAAGGGAUGAAUUAUCACGCCAAACGCCUCACGCGCCAAGAAAUUGAGGCCUUCAAGAAAUCUAAAGAAGUCAUGGAGAGGUUCGUCCGGGCUUAUAAACUCAUGCUGAAAUUUUACGGCAUCAACUUAAUCAACGAGGAAACCGGAGAACUGAGUAAAGCGGAAAACUGGUGUGAGCGAUUCGGAAACCUCAAUCGGUACAGCCAUAACAAUUUACGGAUCACUCGCAUCCUGAAAUGUUUGGGCGAGAUGGGCUACGAGAACUACCAAGUGCAGCUGGUGAGGUUCUUCCUGUCAGAGACUUUGGUCCACCAGCAGCUGCCUCGGGUGCUAAGGAGCGUCUUAGACUACUUCAUGUUCACCGUCCGAAACAAACCCAAACGGCGGGAGUUGGUCUAUUUUGCCUGGCAACACUUCAAGCCAAAACAUGAAUUUGUCUGGGGGCCUCACAAGAAACUCCGGAAAUUCAAACCUCCGUCCCUCAAACUACUGAAUAACCCAGAAGAACAAGAAGGCGCCAAGGAAGAAGAUGGAGAGGUUGUAGAGAAGGACAGUGUUGAGGCACGCCAAGCAACCCUUCAAAGGCUUACAGAAAAACCUGGGCAGGAGGAAGCUAGAGAAACUCUGGAGAAAGAGGAACGUGGGUUGUCAGAAGAGAGUUGUGUUGCUCGCCACGAUUUAGACGCAACAGUACAACAUAACCACACGGAGCGGCCUGUAUCCAGCAUUAGUGCCACCUUGAGCCUUUCAGACGGUAACUCUGUGCAGGACAAAGAUAUCGGGAGGAAAACCAGCUCUGUAGAAGAUGGUGACCUGCUACAAGAUGGGGAGGUUGUAGAACCUCAGAUAAAGCCUGUGGAUGACUGUAAGACUUCCAAAAAUGCAAACCAAUCUCAGCUUGCAUUGGUGAUGCCAACCAAGGCAGAGAAGAAAGACAGCGAAGGAGUUCUAGUACCUUCCGAUUGCCCGUUGGAAGACCCCGCCGAUGAGUGUGUGGGUGAAGCUGACGGAGAAAACCUCAAGGAAGCUAAGAAGAGGAAGCUGAGCAGAUUAAGUGGAGAUAUCCCUGGGGCCUCUAAAAGCCCCAAUGAUAUUGAGAGGAUCUCCUAUAAUCUGGGCGAGGUGGUAAUUACGAAGGAGGAAGUUAGCUUCUUGGCCCCCGAAGGUGGCAACGAGGACAUCCCAGAUGGGAAGGAGAUUGAAUCCCUUGAUACGGUGAUCAAGAGGCGGAAAGUAGACGUUGUCCCCAAAAGUAGUUCUUCGGAAGAAGGCUGUGAGGCGAUCCCGUCUGAGGACCAAGGAGCAAGCUGUAGCACUCAUGAUGUUGAGGAGAAAGAUCUUGUCGGCCAAGAAGAAACCAAAAUGGCGGCUAAUCCUUCUGUAGACACUCUGACAGGACACAAGGCUGGAGGGGCGGAUGUUGUGGUUGACUCCAACAAGGAGGACCUCCCUGGAGAUGGCUGUCAGCUGGGGAAAGUGAACGAACAAGAAGCUACCACUCCAACGAAGUGAGGUCCCUUGGUUGUCUGAACCCAUAACAGCUCGUGAAAGGGGUGUGAGAAGCAGUGCAGGAUGGAAGGAGCAGGACCUUGGAGAAACGUCUGAUGGUUUCCUUGAAAGGAAUGAAAGCUCCAAAAUGAAGGAACAUGAAAACACCAUGGUCAGGCCAGAAGUGUAGUCCUAUCCCAGAUUGGAUGAAAUACCAGAGGUCAGAACGGGGUGUGUCUUUUCAGAAGAUUCUUUCAGAAGCAGAUCAAAAUAACCCUUUGCUCGGUUUGUGGUCUGAUAUCUCCAGGUUUUUAUAAACAUGGCCCCUAGUUGACACCUAAGGGUGAAUCUUUGGGGUGACAGGUUACCACGCUUGGGUGGUAACUUGCACAUCUGUUUAUUCCAUUUCUAGAACUCUUUUAACUUUUAAUUAAUUUCCAGAGGGCUGUGUUCUUUUUUUAACAGAAAGCACUCACCUGUUCAGUACAAGGUAUGCCACCUUCUUACAGGUGUGUUUUCCAGGAUUUACUUGAUGAGCCGCAAGAAUGUUAUUUGCUAAAUUAAGUUUGUGUUUGUUAAAUAAAGAUCUUUAACUUUUGGA